GGCACCAUACGCGACUUACCACAAGCUAUCUCUUGGGAUGAGAUGUCAUUAUUGAAGUCAACUAUAUUCAGAUUAAGAACGCAGAGAGACGACUAUGGUAUGAUCCAUCGCCUUCACCCUCUAUAGCUGACAGGGCUGCGACCUCUGCAUGCGACCUGCUCGAGAUUGAAACAAGCACAGUUAGAUAAGAAACCCCACGGCGUUCGAGAUCUUCAUUAGAUAAGAUUAUACGAUAUUCAUCCUUUAUUCCAGUUCAGACGUAUACGAUCCACCGUUGAUCCGCGAUAUUGCUCACGGCGUCAUGUGGUUAAUCGACACUCAUAAGCUCAUACUGUGUGGCUUCAUUGAGCCCCCGCCGUAUGCUGUUUUAUCUCAUCGGUGGCGAGAUGAAAAGAUAACUUUCGGCAUGAUGCAACAAUCUGAUCCCGAUCAUUUUGAGCAUGGCCCCGAUCUUCACAUUGAAUCCCGGAAGCGGCGGCUUGAGAAUUGUGCUGGAGGUAAUAAGAUCAUCCACGCUUGCGAGAAGGCCAGGCAGGAUGGCAUCGAUUGGAUCUGGAUCGAUACAUGCUGUAUAGACAAGACCAGUAGUGCGGAACUCAGCGAGGCCAUUAACUCCAUGUAUCGCUGGUAUAGACAAUCAAAAGUUUGCUACGCAUUUCUUGAUCACAACCCUUGGACAGAAAGUGAUUGGUUUGAACGAGGCUGGACUCUGCAGGAGCUCCUGGCGCCUGGAGAUGUGCGCUUUCUCGACGCAAACUGGGAUCUCGUGGGCACCCGCGUCUCCUCCGCAGAGCUGAUAUCUGAGCGCACGGGUAUCGAUGCAGGGCUUCUGCGCGGUUCUCCGAGCUCCAUGCUGAGCCAUUAUUCCGUUGCACAGCGGAUGGCAUGGGCAGCUCACCGUAAGACGACACGACUGGAAGAUCGUGCAUACUCGUUGAUGGGACUGUUCGAUGUCACGAUGCCACUCAUCUACGGUGAAGGAGAACGAGCUUUUGAAAGACUACAAGAGCAAAUUAUUCAGAGCUCUGACGAUCAGACAAUACUGGCCUGGGAUCGCUAUCUGGCGCCGUGUUCACAUACUCCACUCACGGGCAGCGUGUCUCACGAAAUCGAUGGCGAGAGACGUUUGCAGUAA